AUGGUGAAUAAGUUCAAGCGGUUUUUCAACGGUCCCUACGGUUCCUCCUCAUCAGUGGCUUUCCAUGCGUCGACGUCCAGGAACCUAAGUACUGCGGAGCUUGAAGCACGUCUCGAAACGUCUGGGUCUCUAACAGGGACAACAACCUCCAACCCAACACCUGUCGUGAUAGAUGAUUACAUGAAAGACGGCACGAUCGACUGGGCCGCGCUCCUCGCCAAGAUCCCCAAACUCGUUGCAGAGUGCACCACCUGCUCCGGUCCAGCGACUGCCAGUCCACCGACGAAGAGGAGCGCAAAUAACAGUGUCGCAACAUUUGCUGAUCUCCUUGCGCUGCUACAACAAAUGGCCGGACGAGAAAACCAACAGCGAGUGAAGCACUGGAAUCAGCGCCGUAAGCUAUUCCGCCAAUGUCGCCGUGGGCUUUUAAUCUGCUGGAAAUUUCUAGUUGCCCAGCUAAACGAUGAAAAGUCCUCGCUACCAACGGAUACGCGCAACUUGUACUUUCAACUCAUUGGGAUCAUCAUGGAACGUGUGGAGUUUCACUUACCAAUUACCAAUUCCGACACCGACGUGCCAGCUAGCAACAGGACCAAGACUCCAAAGCCCUUGGGUAAUGUGAGCGGUGCGGUGAUGGGAUGGCUCGCGUACUCGCCCACCGCGUCCUUAAACGGAAUGGGGAUGGAUUUCAGCGACGACAUGGCCACCGCUGGCCCGAAUGUGAUGGUCAACACCGAGAAUGUCACCGCCAAUCCGACCAAUAAUCGAGGAAACAUGGACGAUGCCACAGACGGCGAGCGCGAUCUGUACUUGUACCGGUGUCUGCUGAUCGCCACGUUCAAGUACGCGGUCGAGAACCUCGAGUCUGCGCGACAGAAGCAUCGCCCCUACAUCUCUCUAGUGGAGACGCGGUUCUUCGCGCGCGUGUUUGCAGUGUGUUUCUUCCGCGUUCCUGUGCUCCAGAAUGCGAUGCUUGAGCAAAUAUUCGGGGCUUAUCGUGACAAAGAGUGGAUCCAUCUACAAGCCCACGAUUCUCGUGUGGAAGACCUGACUGAAGAGGGGUCAAGUGCGCUAGCAACUGAAGCUCCAACGAGACGACGUCCUUCAGCUUCUCGACCGUGGAAUGGCAAUACGUUUGCAGGUUCGCUAGUACGCUGGACGGACUAUGAUGGCUACAUCUUGAGUGAGGAAGGGAAUGGAAACGGCACCAGCACUGCCAAGGUGACAGGUCGCUACAACAGCAAGCAGUCGGCGUUGCGUAGUGACGAAGAAGCGUUUGUGCGACAGAACCCCACCUUGUUCCAAUGGACUCGCUUCUCGCCAUACCUGGGGCCAUAUCCGGACGCUGACAUCUUCCGUAUGACCGACAAGACACGCAACUGCUGGCUGCACAGAUUGAGCCACGACGGCGAGUUCUUCUCCAAGUUCAUGGGGUUUGUAUGUCUCCACGCAGCCAAUACAGCUCUGGGGAGUGACGUCGUGUGGACUUGUCUACCUGGCUAUACUUUACUGAUACGAGUGUCGCUUCUCUUGCUCAAAGAGGCCUGCUGGGCCAAGUGGCUGUACGUGCGGGACACGUCGGGUCCGUUGCCUUCCUCGUCCAUGGAAAUCGAGCCGGGAAGUCAAGAAGAAGAGCGUCUGCCAUUCGAGCUUGAGUCCAUUCGAGCCAUUCGAACAGUGCUGGACAACGUUGUGCAGCUGCUCAGGAACAACCAACUACUGGAGAGUUGUGUGUUGGCCAUGUACGAGUGCACCAACGUCCUCCACGCCCGAAGUGUCGAAGUGUGUUUGACGCGUUUUGAGGAAUGGUUCAGCGCCACUGCGAUGCUCACGGAGAUUGGCGGCACCGACAAACGACGAGGUAGCGGAAUGAUGGUGUAUCGCUUGCCUCCGGGCUUUCGAGGCCAAACAUUUGCGACGGGGAUGCGCUUCAUGCUGUCCAGUGAGAACUGUGAGAUUCUAAGUAGUACGCUGUUGUUCCUGUACCAUCGAAUGGACUACUUCGAAGGCGACUUACGGCAGAGCAUCCUCAAGGCGCUGGUACAACGACACAUGACCUUCUUCAUGCACUGGAAUGCCGAAGUCCGAACGAAAUACCACCAUCUGCUGGUCUAUCGCGUCGUGCGAGCCAACCGGUUCGUCCUGGACUCGCCUCUUGAUCAUUUGCUCAUUGGUCGCUGCGCUAUCUCGUCUCUCGAGCUCAGUCGUGUUCAUGAUGAUGAGUUUGACCAAGAUGAUGGCUACAGUCACCAUCACAGCAACAAGGAGAAUCGCUUCAAUGAUGCAGUGCAGCAUCCGUGCAACCCAAGUAUGACGGCAGCAGACAUGACCGUUCUGCGUACAGAACAAGCGCUUUGGCGUGCGUUUGACGCUUGUUUGGCUGUCAUCGUCGCACAGGAGCGACGAUAUGCUCGCGAGGGCAACCGCAAGUUCCAGACCGAGCAACUGGCUGCUCGCAGUCGCGCUCUAGCGUUCCGUACGCUGAAACGUCACACGACUGAAGACUCGAACGCAGCAGCUACGACGAGUGUGAACGAGGGGCUCCCAGGAGGCAAACCGUGCCACGAAGUGGAGCUGCUGGACGAAGAACUGCGACGUGAGCCUCCGUACUACUUGCGCUAUUUACCUGGAGACGAGUUGGCCAUGUUGGACGAACUGCGUCGUCUCGCCAGCUCCGUGAGGUAUCCACAUUACUGCCAAAUCUACGCCGCGCACUCGCUUCGUUGCUACUCUGAUCUUCUGAAGCAAUACUAUCGCGAACUCGAUAGCAAUGGCAGUGUGGAGCCCCCACCGCUGGGCUUCUUCUGA